AUGGUUCUUGAUGCUGCUUUAUUUUGUUAUAGAGUAUCACCAAAAGCUCAAUAUAAAAUGUCACUAUUUGAGCUAGUCUAUGGAAGAGCUUCACCUAUAUUUUUACGAGAGGAUGAGUUUAUAAGGGAAAAUUAUUUAUUUGAGAAUAAAGAGUGUUACCUAAAGGAAUGCUUCAGUUUAAAAUUAAUAACGGUAAAACUUUUAAUUAAAAGUUUUACCCAUAGAAAUUAA